AUGACGUCGACAAGAAACGAGAAAGAGAACUACAACUGCAUUAUGGAAAUUAUGAAUGUUGCUGUGUGCGAAGGUCUCCGGGAAGUAUUCAAACAGGAAUGGGACAAACAUCAUGGUACAACAAAAGGUCUUUGGGACGACACUUGUAUAUCUGGGAUCGAAUUGUAUAACAUGGAGAAGCCAAGGUUGCAUGCUAGACCAACUGCACACCUAUUAAAUUCGUAUCAAUCUGGGAAGAGAAGUGAAUGGGAUAUGUCCGCUUUGUCGGAUGCCAUUCUAUUUUCCAACGCACUUAAAAAGCACUUGGCCCCACAUGUUUCGAACAAGGUUAAUGAAUUGAGAGUCCAACGAAAUCUUCCUACUCAUAAUUUUGGAUCGCAACAUAAAAUGCCUGAUGCUGCUUUUGACAACGCUUACAGGAAAGUUAAGAAUUGUUUCAAAGUAUUAAAGUUAUCCUCAGCAAAUGUUGAAAGAAUUAGAAGCUCUUCAAGCGGAAACUAUGAUAAUAAUUUAAAAAAGAUCCUCUACGUUUGGUGCUUGGCAAUUUUAAUUGGUGUGUCCUAUUAUUGGUUUACAGACGCUAGUCAUGCGAAAUCACUUUUCAGAGUCCUCCCAACCAGACCAGUUCAUUUGGUUGCUAAUCGAAGUGGAACAGUUAACGCAAUUCUUGAAGAUUUACAGAUUCUGUCCCUGAGAAAUAACCGUGCGUUGUGCUAUUUGUAUAUCUCUGGAAAUCCAGGAAGUGGCAAGUCUCAGCUUGCUAGGUUAAUUGGUCAGCGUUAUGGUGCAAGUAUUCCAGGAACUUGGUUUCGUUCCAGUACGAGUUGUUUUGUUAUGACUCUAAAUGGAAGAUCAUUACAUGAUAUAUUGGAAUCGUAUGUAGACUUUGCAGGACGUUUGAAUUGCGAUGAAAAUAACAUAGCAAGCAUCAGGAAUUCAAAUAAAACAACAACAGAAGUGAAAAUACAAACCAUUCAAAGGGAGAUUGCAAAAAUGUUCAGAAACUUCAAAGGCGAGUACACUUGGUUGUUGAUAGUUGAUAAUGUUGUAAAGCUGAGUGAAAUAUCUGCAUUUCUUCCUCAACUAGAAGAUGAAGACUGGCAAGGUGGUCAAGUGUUAAUCACCACACAAGAUAUGUCAUCUGUGCCAUCAAACAGUUCUCUGACUGUCCAUUUUUCAGUCAGCCAAGGCAUGGAUCCAGAAGAAUCACGUGAGUUUCUUACAGAUCUAUCUGGGCUUGUUGAAAAUCAAGAUUUAGUGAACAAAGUAGCAAAAGAAUUGGAUUAUCAACCACUUGCCUUGGCCUCUGCUGGGUUUUACGUCAAACAAGUUCGGGAAAGCAAAGCAUCGCCACAGUUUACUUGGAAGGAUUAUUUAAAAAAAAUAAGUGAAGGAAAGCGGGAACUAACGGAGAUGAAACUAACUAAAGUAAAUACGCCAGCAUACUCGCUAACUAUGUCCACAGCUGUUCAUUUGGCGGUCAUGAUGUCUGCAGAAUGCAAUGUUUACGUUUCUUUCCUAUGUUUCCAAUGAAGCUCAGUCACUGCAAAUAAUCGUCAGCUAUGUUCUUCGUGUUGAUAAAGAAAAAGAUAAAGAGGAUGUGGCACUUUCAAUUCUACAAUGUUCUUUGAUUCUUUAUUCAGACGACCAAAAAGUCGUUGCAAUUUCAUUGCAUCGUGUGGUACAUGACAGUAUCCAGUUGUACAUUGCCAAUUGUACGAAUGGGAACGCUAAAUCGCAUGUACCAUUAUACGUCUUUCAAUCGCUUCUCCAACAAAAAUGUGCACUUGGCGAAAUUUCUCCAAUUCCUCAUCUGAAAGAAUUUUAUGCGAGAACGAAGAAUCUUUCUUCAGAAGUAAUGGUGCUGAGUUCAAUGAAAAUUAAACUGAAGCAGAGAAUGCAAAAACAGAUUUUUGAUCUGACUUCAUUUCUAUCUCAACAUGGGGAAUAUUUAUUAUCAAAAAACUACCUAAUUUUAGCUUUGAAAAUGGCAACGAACGGAGAUAAUAAAGGUAAAGUUAACCCUAAAGAGAUUUUACACGUUUCGUUUCCAAAAAUUGGCGAGAUCUAUAACAACCUAGGUGCUGUAGAAACGUCGCUGGGAAACACCAAGCAAGCUAGAAAAUAUUUGAAUGAGGCUGUUAAAAUACUAUCGAGACAACAUGGUCGCUCGCAUAAAAGUGUUUCAACAUGUUUGAUUAAUCUCGCCGGUCUUCCUUGCUCAAACUCGGAAGAGUGUUAUGAAAAUGCAAUGUUCUCCAAACUAGCGCUUGACAUUGAUAACAGUUUACAAACCAAGGCCACACACUACAGCAAUCUUGGAAAAGAACGCUAUAAUGAAGGCGAAUUGGAUCAAGCUGAAAACGAUUGCCUACGAUCCAUUGCGACCCUUCGAGAAAUGUUGGAUGUACCAAGCACCGACCUUGAACUCACUUGUAUGCGUUUGGCGUUAUUGUUCUCGAAUUUGGGUGCAAUAUAUUAUCGUAAAGAGAACUAUAAUCUCAGUCGAGAACAAUUAACGAUAUCUAUCGAUAUAUAUCGAAAAGUCACAGGACCAACCAACCUUAAUCUUGCUUCUCCGUAUUACAAUUUGGGUCUUGUGCAUUCUAAAUUAAAUGAACUGGCAGAUGCUGAGAAUUAUUUUAGACGUGCCCUUGAAAUCUACUCUAAACAAUUGGAACCUUCUGAUGAGAGGAUUGCCAUAGUUUCACAAAACCUUGCAGGUGUGCUCAAAGAAACAGGUCAGCUACGCGAAGCAACGAUGUUAGAUAAUCAAUAUGGGACAUGUCGUACGUAG